AUGAAUAGUACUCCACACCAGCAAAUCCCAAUUCACUACACCCCUGAUGACCGCCUUAACCGCCCCCUUCCUAACGAUGGCCGUCAGUUAAGGCGGCAUCACACUGCUCGGUAUUAUGUGCACCGUGUCAAAGAAAGUCUAACCACUCGUGUAUCAAAGCUAAUAUGCUCUGUUUUUCUUAGCCUUCUGUUCAUCGUAGGCCUGAUAACAUUCAUCUUAUGGCUCAGUUUACGCCCACAUCGUCCAAGAUUUCAUAUCCGUGAAUUCUCCAUCCCCAGUUUAGCACAAGGUAAUGGUUUUGCAGCUACCAUAGCAACCUACAAUGUGACAGUACGAAACGCUAAUCUGAAUAUAGGGAUUUACUACGAUACAAUGCACCUAACAUUGUACUAUCAGAAUAAUCUGAACAUUGGCGAAAAGCCAGUAUUGUUUCCGUUUUAUCAAUCACCCAAGAACACGACGAUUCUUUACGGUGACCUACAGGGGUCUACGUUCCAGAUAGAUGAGGCACGUUGGGCACAGUUCAUAGCUGAUCGAAAUCGUGGGAGUGUUUCUUUUCGGCUGGAGGUUGCUUCAUCCAUCAGGUUUAAGGUGGCCACCUGGGAAAGCAAGAACCACAAGAUGCAUGCGACUUGUCAAAUCAAAGUGGGACCCGAUGGGUUGCUUAUUAUAGGAAGUGAGAAAGAAAUGAAAUGCCCGGUUUAUUUCACUUAG